UUGGCAACCGAGUUUCUCUCACACUGCGGAACUCCCAACACGGGUGGAUUAGAAAUCAGUAGAAAAUAAGACGUUAAAUAAAUUCAGCGUAACGUAAAUUCAAACACUUCUCGGCUUACUAAGCGGUUUUACACACACAUUAAUCUAAAGAAAAGUGUAAAGAGUGGAGAAUUCAGUCGUUUAGGUGCAGGUUUAAAAUGGUUUGAACACCUUCAGUUAGCUAGCUAGCAUAAAGUUAAAUUCAAAUGUUGGUCAUUAGAUAGGUAACGUUAGCUAUUAUAUCAAGUCAUGACGGAAACAAGAGAGCAGGUACAACUAAGGAACAACCCUCGCAGGCAACUGAAGAAACUUAGUGAGGACAGCCUGACCAAGCAGCCUGAGGAAGUGUUUGAUAUUUUGGAGAAACUUGGAGAGGGGUCUUAUGGCAGCGUAUUCAAGGCACAUUAUAAAGAGACUGGGGAGAUUGUGGCAAUUAAACAGGUUCCUGUGGAGUCAGAUCUACAAGAAAUCAUUAAAGAGAUCUCUAUUAUGCAGCAGUGCAACAGUCCACAUGUGGUGAGAUAUUAUGGCAGUUACUUUAAGAACAGUGAUCUAUGGAUUGUAAUGGAGUACUGUGGAGCUGGCUCUGUGUCUGACAUUAUCAGAAUACGCAACAAAACAUUAACAGAAGAUGAAAUAGCUGCCAUUAUGCAGUCCACUCUUAAAGGACUGGAAUACUUGCACUUCAUGAGGAAGAUCCACAGGGACAUCAAAGCUGGAAACAUCCUUCUGAACUCUGAGGGACAGGCCAAACUUGCCGACUUUGGUGUUGCGGGACAGCUAACUGACACAAUGGCGAAACGCAACACAGUAAUUGGAACGCCGUUUUGGAUGGCUCCAGAGGUCAUUCAGGAAAUUGGCUAUAACUGUGUAGCAGAUAUCUGGUCUCUUGGCAUCACAGCCAUAGAGAUGGCUGAAGGGAAGCCACCAUAUGCAGACAUACACCCUAUGAGGGCAAUAUUCAUGAUUCCAACAAAUCCACCACCAACAUUUCGGAUCCCUGACCAGUGGUCAGAACCUUUCAGGGAUUUUGUGGCACAAUGCCUGAUAAAGAAUCCUGAGAGCAGAGCAACAGCCACACAGCUAUUACAACACCCAUUCAUAAAGAAUGUUAAGUCCAAUAGUGUCCUGAGGGCACUUAUUACAGAAGCUAUGGAGCUCAAACUGAAGAAACAGGAGACUGAACAGAGAGAACAGGACACAGAGGAUGAAGAAAACUCGGAUGAAGAUGAAGUUGAUCAGGGUACAAUGGUGAGGGCCAGCACAUCAGAUCUGGGAACAGUCCGUGCAGUCGGCUCACUCGGAAGUUCAUUGGGAACCAUGAUUGAGCACAAUGACAGCACGUUGGAGUCUCAGCUUGGUACCAUGGUCAUAAACUCAGAGGAUGAAGAGGAGGAUGCAGGCACCAUGAAACAUCAUCAAGAAACAAUGCAGCCAGCUAAUGCAGUUAAGCCAUCAUUCCUACAGUAUUUUGAACAGAAAGAGAAGGAGGACAACAAAAACAGUGACAACGACAGUCACAAACUGCCUACAGAAUGGGACAUGGAGGUGAUACGUUCCUUAAGUGUAGAGGAGCUAAGAAGACGGCUGGCCUCUCUAGACCCACAGAUGGAGCAGGAGAUUGAGGAGAUCCACCAGCGCUACCAGGCCAAACGCCAACCCAUUCUCGAUGCCAUUGAAGCCAAAAAGCGACAUCAGCAGAACUUCUGAACCUUCUGAAGAAACUCUUGAUGAUCCCUCAGCAAUGUUCAUCAUUGUCAGUUACCUAUAAAGGUAACUGUGCCAGAUCCAGCUAUACUUCCUCUUUUUUUUUUUUCUUUUUUUUUUUGUUAAAACCUUUCUUUGCAUUUGUUGUUUAAUUAUUUUUAAAAUCUGUUGCUGUAGCUACACCACUAUUGGUACUAGAUUUGGUGUUACUGUGGGCUCAAAAUGCAGGGAACAACAUUUUGUCAUACACUGUUUGACUUACUGCACUUUUUUAUUACUUGUGUAACUUUAGCAUGUAUAUGUUUUGUUUGUUUUUGUCUAAAAUAGCUGUAAGUAGCACAGUUCAAAAUUUGGUAGUCAUUAAACAAGCUAAUAAUUAG